AGUGCCGAAGACCCAGCUGCUGGGGAGAGAGUGUUGCUGGUUGCCGCCUUCCUUUGCUAAGCUGAUUUACUUGUUUUAAGGUCUGACCUCAUCAUCCUGUCGGUAUGGUCCCCCACCUACUCAGUUAGCAGCAGCACAGCAUCCGUGCAGAGAGAAAACCGUGCACAGCUCAGAAAGGACUAAUUGUGUGUGUAUAUAGAUGUGUGGAGAAACACAGGAAGAGAGACUGCAUUGAGAGCUUAGGCACCUGAAGAAAAAUAAUUGUUCUUUUAUUGCUGGUUAAAAAGGCUUUUUGCCUUUUUUUUGUUGCCUUCACAAACAUGUCGGUGUCGGGGAAGAAAGAGUUUGAUGUGAAACAGAUCUUGAGGCUACGCUGGAGAUGGUUUAGCCAUUCCUCGCAAGGCUCGGCAGGUAACGGAGGCUACAUCCAGCAGGAAGGUUUCGAGCACAGGGGCACGCCAGUUCAAAACCGGCUAAAGAGUCAUUCUCGGGACAGGAGUGGACUUCGCAAGAGCAGCAGUCCCGUGCACAGCAUACUGCCGCCAACCCUGGCUCCAUCACCAGUCUGUGCUAGACCUGCUAAUCAAUCACGGAACCAGCAGAACAUCACAGAACACUUGCAGGUGAAUGAUGGGCUGUCCAAAAUCAGUUCGCAAGAGAAUUCCAGGAAGGAAGAUUCCAAAAAUGGCAAAGAGGAUGUAAAUUCAGCUGCUGAAGACCCUUUGGAGGAGGAGGUAAGGGAGAGGUUAUCAGUAAGCAGCUACUCUGACUCCAGGAUGAACUCCAACUGCUCUGAUGAGUUUUUUCAAGCCAUGAAUCAUGCCGAGCAGACUUUUCGCAAGAUGGAGAACUACCUCCAACACAAGCAGCUGUGCGAUGUCCUCUUGAUUGCGGGAGAUCAUAAAAUCCCAGCACACAGGCUUGUUCUCAGUGCAGUCUCAGAUUAUUUUGCUGCAAUGUUCACUAACGAUGUACGUGAGGCAAAACAAGAAGAGAUUAAAAUGGAGGGUGUGGAUCCAGAUGCUCUUAAAGCUCUUGUACAUUAUGCAUAUACUGGUGUACUGGAGCUGAAAGAGGAGACUAUUGAAAGCCUCCUUGCUGCAGCCUGCCUUCUUCAGCUUCCCCAAGUGAUUGAGGUGUGCUGCAAUUUUCUUAUGAAACAGCUGCAUCCCUCCAACUGCUUAGGAAUCCGAUCAUUUGCUGACGCACAGGGAUGCAUGGAUCUGCUAAAUGUGGCUCACAGUUAUACUAUGGAACACUUCUUGGAGGUGAUACAGAAUCAAGAGUUCCUCCUGCUCCCAGGUCCUGAGAUAGUUAAGCUUCUGUCAAGCGACGAUAUCAAUGUGCCCGAUGAGGAGACUAUAUUCCAGGCUUUGAUGAUGUGGAUGAGACACGAUGUUCCAGCCAGGCAGAAGGAGUUGGGUCUUCUGCUUUCCUUCAUCAGAUUGCCGCUGCUGCCACCACAGCUUCUGGCUGACCUGGAAAACAGUAAAAUGUUUGCUGAUGAUCUGGAAUGUCAGAAACUGCUUAUGGAAGCAAUGAAGUACCAUCUGUUACCAGAGAGAAGGCCCAUGCUGCAAAGCCCCAGAACGAAACCAAGGAAGUCCACUGUUGGAGCUUUGUAUGCAGUGGGAGGCAUGGAUGCUUCCAAGGGCGCCACUACAAUUGAAAAAUAUGAUCUCCGUACAAACACUUGGAUACAAGUGGGCACAAUGAAUGGCAGGCGGCUGCAGUUUGGAGUCGCAGUGAUUGACAACAAGCUGUAUGUUGUGGGAGGCAGAGAUGGACUGAAAACCUCUAACAUGGUUGAAUGCUACAACCCAGUAACCAAAGUGUGGUCUGUAAUGCCACCAAUGUCCACACACAGGCAUGGAUUAGGAAUUGCAGUUCUUGAAGGACCAAUGUAUGCAGUUGGUGGACAUGAUGGAUGGAGUUAUCUAAACACAGUAGAGAGAUGGGACCCUCAGGCAAGACAGUGGAAUUAUGUAGCCAGCAUGUCAACACCAAGAAGCACAGUGGGAGUAACAGCCCUCAACGGGAAAUUAUAUGCAGUGGGUGGACGGGAUGGCAGCUCUUGUUUAAGGUCAAUGGAGUGCUUUGACCCUCACACCAACAAGUGGAGUAUGUGUGCACCUAUGUCCAAACGGAGAGGAGGAGUCGGAGUUGAGACAUACAAUGGAUUUCUGUACGCAGUCGGUGGCCACGAUGCUCCUGCUUCAAACCACUGCUCUCGUCUUUCAGACUGUGUGGAACGGUAUGAUCCAAAGACUGACACUUGGACAACAGUGGCCCAGUUAAGCGUUCCACGGGAUGCAGUCGGCGUGUGCCUGCUUGGAGACAGACUAUAUGCAGUUGGUGGAUAUGAUGGACAGACUUACCUGAACAGUGUUGAGUCAUAUGAUACACAGAACAAUGAAUGGAACACGGAGGUGUCUCUCAACAUUGGAAGGGCCGGAGCCUGCGUUGUGGUUGUCAAACUUCCAUGAAGACGAAACCUUCUCUGAAACAAAAGGUCCUUUGUGCGGCAAGAAAACCUAAAGUCAUCUUUUCUGUAACAAAGCACAAACGACAUCUUUUGUGAGAGACUUCUGCUAAUUUGAGCCAUUACUUGAUUCAUAUGGACAGAAUGAAACAUGUGGAUUACAUUCCUAACCGGAAACCUGAACAAUUGUGAGCAAAGAGAAAGUGACCAAAUUAUACCUGCUUUAGUUCACUUGAAUAUCUUUCAGUUAUUUAACAUGAAAAUGUAGACUGUACUGUGUCACCAGGAACACAUUUUAUAACAGUUGGCAAAACAAUGGGGAUAGGCUCAAGUUGUAUCAAAAAUUGUCCAACUUAUAUAUUUUUUGAAAAGCAGAAUACAUAUUUUUGUAUUACUUCAGGAAAUACAAAAGCGUCAAUACCAUAAAACUAAUGAGAAACUCACUAGUUUAAACAGAAGACUUGGAAGUCCAUUUAAUUGGAGCAAAUAAAACACUCUUGAUUACGAACAAAUUCUUGUCAAAAGCCUGACUGCCAACUUUUGGUUAAAGCAGUUGACAUACCUUUUAGAUCACAACUGGUAAAGCUGAUGUAUGUCUUUUCAGUAUCUCUGUACUGUUAGCGGCUGUGAGUUUUUUCCAUAAUGGCCCAUCAAUGCUUGUCCAAUUCCUAGCAGCCAAUUUUCUUCUGUGGUCCUGAUUCUGGUCUCUGUUUCGCUUGACGUUGUGACUAGACGUUGUGACUCCUGACAGGAUUUUAAAGACUUUGGUUUAAAGUCUUCAGGAGUCCUAACCUUUAGCCCUCAGAUUUGUAUUGUUGCUCUUUGCUGGACUCUCCAAAGCAGCUGUUUCUUUUCUAGUCUGGGGACUAAAACUAAAUGCAGUAUUCUGGUGAGGAUGUCACCAGUGCAACCUUGUAACCUCCCUUGAUUAGUCCAACAUUUUGACAAUAUGUUACGAUCGCCUCAUUAUUUGCUUCUCUACACAGCCUGAAAUAAAAACGAUUGCUGGGUACAUUUUGUAAACAUACUCUUACAAUGAGAUGACUGCACAGAUCUUCUUUCAGUGUAUUUUUUUUUUUGCAGACGCAGCAGUAUUGCGAAACCAUGAGUUAACCAUUUGUGAUUUAUCAGAUUGUGAAAUAGAGUUAUCACUGUAUCUAGAAAAUUCGUAUUACUGUAAAUUGUAAAGAAACGUAUUCAAAUGUAUGUACAUUAUCAUAAAUGUUACAUUUUUACAUAUCUGUUGAACACAAGACAUUAUUCCACAUGCUUUAAAUCAGUUUUUCUAAUAUAAUGUAUCAUGUUACUAACACCUCAUUUGUAUACCUAAUAAAACCUAGGUCUUAAAUCCCUAGGUUUUAUU